CGUCGUGGUGAUGAGUAGCAGCGAACUGUGGGUCCGAGUGCUUUCAGUGCCUCAUAAAAAUGUAUUCUACGUUUGAGUCAUAUAAUUCGGAAAAACUUAAACGUGCGCUUGAUCGUUAAACAAAAUAACUCGUGUCUGUAAAUUUUGUACAUGCAUCGAAGUAUAUUUUCAUCAAGAAACUAUAGCAUUAUUAUUAAACUAAGUCUGUGAUUAUUUUAACGGAACCAAAACUGCCUCUCACAUCGGUCUCUAAGUUCAAGUACACGUGUUUCAUAUUAACUUAAUAAGCCGAGAUCAUGUGUCAAAUAAAGAGACUACGUUGGGACAGAACGAUUUUAAGCUUUUUGCUGAUUGUCGCCUUCACUAAUGGGACUAAUACUGAGGACCAGUCGUAUCGCUGUGAUCUGAGCCUCGGGAUGGAGAAGGGAGAAAUUCCAAUCACGGCCAUAAGCACAAGCCUGCCCAGCAGCUCCGUGUCAGGCAUCCGCCUUAACAGCAACAGUGCGUGGUGCUAUAACGUUUCCUCGCUGCCUCUUGGCGCCCGCGUUACGUUGACCAUCGACCUCGGAAGAAUGGCGUUUGUGUCUGCAGUGCAAACUCAAGGGCCUCCUGCGUCCCUUCAUGGGCCCGAGUACGUUAAUUACAACCCCUUCAGGUUGUACAACUCCUCCAAGUCCUCUGCUGACGGCCCGAUACCGGACGACAAAUGGGAACUCUGCUGUGGCGAUACGAAAUACUUCUACGCUGAGGACAAGCAUGCGGAGGUCGACGUGAUAUCAACACACGCGUUCGGGCUGCUCGUGCUGGCGCGCUCGCUCAAGCUCGAGUUCGAGAGCGGCCUCAACACCGGCGACAGAAAAUGUUAUAGAAUCGAAGUCCUCGGCUGUCCGUCAGGCCUGACGCCCCACACAAACCUGACCAUCUCGGCGCUGCCUGCUGGGUACCUACAGACGACAUGGCUGGCCUCGACCGUCGUCCUCCCCACGGUGUCGGGGACGGAAGUGUUCCCCCUCAUGACGCCCGAGUACAAGGUGGUAACAGAUCGCUGGGGCACGACGCUACCCAACAUGACGACGGUGCAGCAUGUGGAGGUGGCGCGCGUGCUGCUACCUAACCCUGUGUGGGGAGCACAGUACAGGGUGCAGAUGACGUGCAUACAUCAGGGCGUGGCACUCCCUUGUGGCACUGCCCAGCUCACCGCCUUGUUACCAGGCUGCUCACCGUGCCAACCCGGCGAGGGAUUGGUGUUCCGGAGGCCACAGCCACUUCGGGGGGCGGUGGUACAAGACGGCGCCCCCAGCUUGCAAGGGGCGCUGGUGCUGUGGUGGGAGGCGACGGGUGGGGGUUGGAUCACCCCCACUGUAACCCUCACUGUGAAAAACAAAGCCCAGCAACUCAUGUCCAUCGAGACCAUCGACACUAACAGGACCUAUGCCAUCGUGAAGGGUCUCCAGAAGGGGGAGACCUACUCCGUGGAAUUCACGCCCGUGACCAAACUCCAGAAUCCACCAAUUUUCACCUAUCCGCUCUAUCUCAUUCAAUGGUCAAAUGUUAUAAGCACUUCUGCCGACUCCGGAUUCGGAGCGUUCCUUGCGGAUCUGAGUUUGGAGGCGAACGUCCUCUGGAACGGCACCCUGCGGGUCACCUGGACGCCGGGGAUUGUGAGGGGGACUUUAGAAGUGCCGACCACGGCCACGACUGUUAUGACAUCAGCGUCAUCUCCGAUAUCCACGGUACCUGCUGCAUCCACAACAUCAGUGACUUCUACAACAUCUGCGACAUCUACCACGCCUACGGCAUCUGCUACAUCUACCACGUCUACGACAUCUGCCACAUCUACCACGCCUACGACAUCUGCCACAUCUACCACGUCUACGACAGCUGCCACAUCUACCACGUCUACGAUAUCUGGCACAUCUGCCACGUCUACGACAUCUACCACAUCUGCCACAUCUACCAACUCUGCGACAUCAGCCACAUCUAAUACAUCUUCGACAUCUGCUGUACCUGCAACAGCUACGACAUUUACAUCUACUACCUCUGCUGUAUCUACACGAGUAACGACAUCGUCGUCCUCUGUACCGUCGAGUAACACGAGUACUGCGCAGAAUUCGACCGGCACCACUACAAUUACUACAGCGAGAACAACACUAACAACUUCAGCAGGUAGCACGAGCAGUGCCGCCUCAUCUUCUCAAUCGUCGACGUCUACUAACUCGACACUUAACAUAGCCUCUUCAAUAAGUACUUCCCCCAGUACCUCAGCAUCAACAAGUUCCACGCCACUCACCCCCUCCACUUCAACUGUGCCCCCGCGACGCAGCGUCACCUCCGCCCUCGCUACCUCAUACAACAUCACAUUGUUGCAGAACGGCACCGUGGUGAACUACGCCGUAGUGCAAAGCAACGUCACCGAACUGCGGGUUGACUUCCCGUUGUUGUCGCUGCUGACGGAGUACACGGUCGAGAUGAAGUGCUACUUGGGCAGCCUCGAGGUCAACUGCAGCAACGUCAGGACCGUCACGAGUUUACCUCUGUCGUGGACAGAGGUAGGCAACGAACUGAAAGUGUACAUGGGGCAGGAUUCAGGCGACAGCUGGUAUGAGCAGAGACAGAAAUGCCUGCGUAGUUCGUCGCUGCUGGUUUCUCUAGCAACCAGAACUGAAGAAAUGCUCUUCAUGGAAGCCAUGAAGCUCAGGGACUCGAAAACCUACUCGGAAUUUUGGCUUGGGUCCAGUUUUUGUCAAGACAACGGAGGGAAGUUGUGGGAGGAUGGGUCGCCGUGGUCGUUCUCCCGUCUUCCGACCAUCAACUCAGGAAUUUCUUCGAGCACCUGCUGCGUGAAGGUGGUGAAGACUUCUGCUGCAGACGAGCCAUACGCGUACAAAUGGCGGGGAGAGCAAUGUGGCGCCAUCUUGCCUGCUGUGUGCGAGCACACGCCACCAGGACUGGUGGGCUCGAUAAAGUCUAUUAAUCGAACAAGAGCCAACAUAACCUCAGCAUCAGUCACCUUCACGUACACUCCUCAGUACUGGCAGGCUACCUACAUCAACGUUUCGUACGCGCCCACCAUUGACCUCGAGACCAACCUACCACUACACAACCAAUCGCGCACGGACAUGCUGCUCGACAACAGCUCGAAGAGUUGCACGGCCGCUGGACUCCUUGUCUUCACCGAAUACUUGGUCUCGGCCAGCGCCGUCCUGCAGCCUUUGGGCUACUCUGGCAGAUCGGCGAACAUUACCGUCAGAACAUAUCCUGCAAAACCGGUGAGCGUAUCCAUCCUCAGUAGCGGCCGAGUGGCUUACAAAUGGUCUCAGAAGAUCGCUGAAUUCGGAGAUAACGAUAGUAUUUCCGUGAAGCUAGUCGGCGGGCUUAGCUCCUCUCCUGACGCCAGCUUGCCCCCAACUGAGGUCAAAAGCCUGGCCAGCGGAGGGAUGAUUGGGCCGCUCAGAAUUGGGAGAAAAUAUCACCUCAUCAUGAAGGAGGUGGCGGGAGUGUCCGGCGCCGAACCGAGAAACGAAACGUUCAACUUCACGGCUUAUCCGCCGUGCGACUGCCAGGACUGUCAGCUCGGCCAGCAAUGCUACGUGGUAACUCCUAACAAAGUCUCCGCAGCAGCAGCGAGUGCCUCAUGUAGCGCCUUCAGUACACGCGUCACGGCCACCAAGUACAAGACGACCCUGGCGCUCCUCAUCAACAUCGCGCAGAAAGUUGGCGACGAUCUCUGGGUGUCCUCUGACUCUGAGAUGGGCAUAGGCUUAGAUGAAGCCUCUGUCCAAGUCAAAGGUUCUUUAACCUUGGAAUCAGAAGCUGAAGUUGUUGGAAGUGCUACCACGGCAUCCUCGAACUCUAGCAAGACUACAACAAGUGUCCCUAUCACCACAACCACUACCACUAUCAAAACUACCACCUCCACCACCACCACCACCACCACUAGACUUCCCACCACAUCAGACGGUCUUUGCAAGCUCGUUUCCAGGGCCGCAAGGGAGGUCGUCAAGCGGCCCUGCACUGAACUGCACUUCGCCUCGUGUGUCUACCAAGCCAAAAUUGCGUCGGUAUUCCCGCCUGUUCAAGAGAUCGCCAUCGAGACGGGUGACAGUUGGGUCAAGCUCAACUGGAACGCCUCCAUCACCGGAUGGAGCGCAAAUUAUUCCGUGGAGUUUUGGCGGUCGCGCGACCACAGAGUCAAAAGACAGACUCAGGAUGUAAACUUCAUUUCUCCUCCCGUUACGAUCGACGGGCUGCAGGCCAACAUGCCCUACUCCAUGUCCCUCGUGGCGGCUCUGGGUGACGACUAUUACUCAUCCACACCUGAGUUUAAGGUCAUCACGGGACGCCAAGCCUCUGGGUACCUCCAGCCUCUUGGGGUGGCAGGCGUCGGCUGGUCCCACACGAGCGACGUGUUCCUGCUGCAGCUGCUCGCCAGCAGCCUCCUCGUCACCGCCUGCAUCGCCACCAUGCUGCUCUUCUUCUCCACAGGGAUGUUCUACCAGGACUGCAUGGCGCAGCUCGGCUUCCUGACGUGCCUCAUGGUCGCCUUCCUCGUGCUCGUCCUGGCGCACGCCAGCGUCGUCCUCAGCUACGACGAGAGCGGCUGUACGGUGCUGGCCGUGGUGCUCCACGCGCUCUUCUUGGGGGCCUUCAUGUUCCUUACACUUGAGAGUCAUGCCAUCUCCUUUCUGCUUGUCGGCCCCAUCAGCAACCCCUUCCAGAAGAGCAACUGGCUCAUGGUGCUCAUGGGAGUCAUGAUCCCUUCUGUGUUCUGCCUCGUGACGGGGGGCAUCAUCAACGUCAAGUACGCCGACGUCGUGAACCAAAACUGCUGGUUACUGCCGACGGGCCCCGCCGUGUACGUGGAGGCGAUCCCCAAGUUCAUCCUGCUGGUGGCCACGCUGGCGCUGCUGGUGAUGACCUUCACCACCACCGGCGAGUUGCCAGACCUGGUCGAGCUGGAGGACCUGAGGGGGCGACAGAGUGACGGCCGGAAACUGCGAUGGGUGAUCGGCGCCGAGGCGCUGCUGCUGGCCCUGGUCUGGGCGACGGGCGUGGCCGCCUAUCACACCAAGAACGACGCCCUCCACGUCGUCUUCGCCGUCGCCACGCUCGUCCUGGCCAUCGUCAUCCUUUUCUUCAGGACCUAUAUGGACGAAACUUUCCGGAGCAAGUGGCAUCGGCUGUGCUGCGGGACAGAGCUCACCUACAAGCGCAGCGACUUGGUCGGCCUCAGCGCCCGCAACAGAAUCUCUCCGCACAUUAUCGACCCACGAGGCCAUAGCUCAAAAUCGUCCUCAGCUCAGACGAUGUCCUACAAUUUGCCCCACACGCCCCCUCAGGAUGACGACCGGCAAGUUCUCGUCAGAAGGACAUACAACUUCGACCAUUAAUGCAAGAUGGAAAUGCUCAAGCGCUUAUUGGGGGCACUUUACUCGUAACAUUGGGUGUAUAUGACUCAGAAUUCAUAAUAUAAUUGAAUGUAAAUAUGCUUCUCCCUACGUUGCCCAUAUAUUUAACUAUCCGAGCUUUUAUUUUACUUAUUUUAAAUUGAUAUUGUUAUAUGUGAAUCUGGACUGGUGAAGUUUUAAUCGAUUUUAAGCUUCUUUGGAACGAAACUGACGUGUCUUUGGUCAAGUCGUUCGUCCGCAGCACCUUUGUACGUGUAUAUAUUCAUGUAGGACUAUGUAUUUAUUGAUACUUAUAUAAUAUUUAUUAUAUUGAUUAGAAUAUUCGUUGACUCAAUUAGAACCUAUUGGGACACAAUAGCUACAUCGACGAGAUUGAUGUGAUUGAGUACUUAAUUACUUUCACCAGCGUGCCUUGAAUAAUGAUAUUAAAAUCAGAAAAUUUUCCUCAAUAUUAUUAUUUGAUCGAUUAAAAAUGUCGCAACUUGAUGCAUUUAUACAGGGUUCACACCAAAAUGCCCGGCAUUAUGGUGUGAACUCUGCAUAAAUGUUAAUCACUACUUAUCGACUUCAGAUUUGACAUUAAUUAGGCAGACAACUAAUAUAGUUAGAACUAUAUAACUUAUAUAACUAACUUGCAGAAACAUAGUAUUUUUUUGUUCCUAUUAAUUUGAGUGCAAAAAAGCGUAUAAUGCCUCGCGUAUAUCAGAAGGCCGUGAUAAAUGUGAAUGAUGAAUGUUGAUUAUUCUAUUUGGUGGUUAAAUAUGCAGUAUGCUUUAAUUAAUUUAUUAAAUGAUAAUGAAUGUCGUGUGAACCCAGGCUAUGUCAAUUUUUUUGUUCCUGAUUCAUUAUUAAAGAUGUGAAAACGUG